AUGGAAGACAAUCUAGAUAUCAGCGUUCAUUUCAGUUCAACUACGGUAUCCAACAAUCUAAUAGAUCCUGGACCAGCUCCCGUCAUCGUUCGAAGUGCGUCCUUUCCUUUCAACAAAGCCACCGCAGAUGUCGUCCUGCGCUCAUCGGAUUCAGUGGAUUUUCGCGUGCGGCGGGGCAUCCUGUGCGAAGCGUCUCAGUUCUUUGACGAUAUGUUCAGCUUGCCACAGCCAGAGGAUUCGAUGGGACGCUCAGGAUCAGAUGCGGCGGCAAUCCCAACCAUUACUGUCGCUGAGAAUGCUAAGACACUCGACCAUCUACUUCGCCUCUGUUAUCCCAUCAAUGAUCCAGUCCUGGAUCAAGUGGAUGAUGUCCGGCACGUCCUCGAAGCAGCAAUCAAGUACGAGAUGAGCGAAGCCAUAAAGUUGAUGGGUAAAGCAUUACUGGACUUUACUGCGACGGACGCUCUGCGAGUAUGGGCAAUUGCUUGUCACUACCGUCAGGAGGGCAUAGCAAAAUCCGCCGCACAAGCUACUCUGGGUCAGUCCAUAGAGGCCAUCUAUGUCAAGGAGCUGGAAGAGAUCAAGGCAGGUGUGUAUCAUCGGCUUCUGCAGUAUCACGGCAACCCCUAUAAGCUUGCCUUCGACAUCGAUCCAUCUCCCGUUACAAAUGAAGGCAGCGAGAAUUACUCUUCUCAGAAGGGCGCUCAUUCAUCAGGUCCGACAGGCAUGCACCCAGCAUCAUUUUUCGACGGAGGUUCCACUCCGGAUACCGACGUCAUUCUCCGUUCUUCUGAUAACUUCAAUUUCCAUGCCCAUCGCGUGAUUCUGGCUAUGAGCUCACCUGUGCUGAAGGAGAUGCUUCCCUCAUUAUGCCCGGUACCAAAGGCAAAUGAAAGUGACAUGGCGAACGAGCUUCAUAUUUCAAAUCCCUUGAUUGUUCGACUAACAGAAGACUCUACAACACUAGGCCAUCUCCUCAGCGUAUACUAUGCGCUGGACGAUCCCACAUUCCACGAUCUCCGAAGUUUGCGACUUUUCCUAGAUGCAGCUCUGAAUUACAACAUGACGAAGGCCACCAGCGUUGCAAGGCAAGAGCUACUGAAGUUUGCCGAGAAGGAUUCCUUCGGAGUGUACUUGAUUGCAGCACGGCACAAUAUGAGCCAAGUUGCUGAUGCCGCUGCUAAAUGCCUCCUGCGCAAUCCAAUUGCAGAGGAUUAUUAUUCGCCCGAGCUGGAGGAGACUUCUGCAGGAGACCUUUACAGACUUCGCACACACAAUCACAGAUGCAAGGAAGCUGCUCGCAAUCUUGCUCAGAAUAUUGGAUGGCUUCCAAAUUCUCGAUUUUCGACUUGGACUUGGUUUACUUGCUCAGACUGUCAAGGGGUUGUAGGGGUGCGACGGGGCGAUGCCACCUGCAAAGUACGCACCUGGUGGAAAGAAUACAUGGACAAAGCCAGUCGGGAACUAUAUCUGAGACCCUGCGGGCCCACGGUGGCGGAUCCUACCUUGUCAGACUCGGCAUUGAUAAAGGCAGUAAUCUUGUGCAAUACCUCGUGUCGGAGGAAUGCAAUUGCGCACUUGAGGCAAUUCAAUGAAUUAUUUGCGGAGAAGAUCGACGAAGUCGUUGCUGCGGUCAAAUUUGAAGUGAGAUGA